GUCCAUAAUGUCUGUAUCCCUCGUCUCCAAUGCCUACCUCGACGACGCCUCGAUAAAGAUUCGCUCAAAGCCGGUUCCCUGGGAGGGUUACCAGAGAGCCGAUCUCAUCACCUCUGAAGAACUCGCCCUCAUCAAGAAAGUGGACAGGCAACCAAAGACAAAGAUUGAGUCCAUUUUGUUGUCGGACGCUCGCACGUAUGCGUCGCUGUAUCUUCGCCUUCUCAAGAAACUCCAGCGGGUGGACACUAUGCAGUACAUCCUUGUUCUUAUAGCUGAUGCGCUCACUGACCACGAUGAACGGAUACCUCUUUUCACCUCCACCGUCGAAACCGACCCAGAACUUCCUUAUGGUCCCCUGCUACGGACCCUUGAUACCCAAGACGAAUUUAUGCAACUGAAGGCUGCGCAGAUCCUGACUGUCCUCCUUUGCUCUGAAUCAUACCCAUUACAACAUCAAUAUCUUCAGCCAUUUCUUGUUACGCUUGCUGGAUUCGUUCAAGGAAAGUCGCCUAAUAGGCGUGAUGUCGCAGUUCAAUGUUUAGAGGCACUCCUGACGCGACCAGAAUGUCGCCAAGCCGUUUGGGACAUAGCUGGCAUAAUCGUUGGGUCGCCUUUUCAAUUAUGGCUUCUGUCAUUCGAACAAAAUAUUGCUGAACAAUUCGACAAAAAGUACGAUAUAAUCCCCCUCCUCAUUGAUGUCGCUCAAGGCGCAGCGAAGGAAAAGGUCAUCCGCGUCAUCGCCGCCACCUUCCGAAACCUUCUUACUAAAGCACCCGCAGCUAAUCUUCCUGCCAUGCUAGUUUCGCAGCUGCUUCCAUUCGCAAAGAACCUCUGCACGCGGAAAUUCACAGAUGAGGAUAUCGUAGAAGAUGUCCAGUUUCUUCGUGAUGAACUCAAUGAGAAUUUCUACAGCCUAACAACAUACGAUGAAUAUACAUCAGAGCUAUCUUCUGGACAUCUCUCUUGGACACCUGUGCACGAAUCUGAUGAUUUCUGGAAGGAGAAUGCCACCAAGCUCAAUGAGCAAGACUGCCAGCAGUUGAAGCUAUUAUUGAAGCUUUUAAAGGAAUCUAGUGAUCCUACCGUGCUCGCCGUUGCCGCUCAUGAUGUUGGUCAGUACGUCAAGCAUUGUGAGAGGGGCAAGAAAUUGGUUACAGACCUUGGUGGCAAGACGCGCGUAAUGGAACUCAUGACCCACGAAGACCCCGAUGUUCGAUACCGUGCCCUAAUGUCUGUGCAACAGCUUAUCAGUCAGCCUUGGGUCACUGUCUAACGCAUAUCUCGGACUUGUAAGUAGUACAUAUAGUUGCUAGUAAUAUCAUCGGACAGAAUAACGGUAAACUAA